AUGAAUAAAUCUAAUAUUACUUUCUCUCUCUCUCAUUCCAUCUCUCCCUAUCUCUUCCUCUCUCACACUCUCUCUCCCUCUCUUCCUCUCUCUCCCUCACGCAGACACUCUCUCUCCCUCUUCCUCUUCUUCCCAAUCCCUCUCUCACACACACUCUCUCUCCCUCUUCCUCUCAAUUUCUCUCUCACACUAUCUCUCUCCCUCUCUUCCUCUCUCUCUCUCUCCCAAUCCCUCUCUCACACACUCUCCCUCUUCCUCCCCCUCUUCCUCUCACUUUUUCUCUCACACAAUCUCUCUCCCUCUCUCUCCCUCCCAAUACCUCUCUCACACACUCUCUCUCCUUCUCUCUUUUCCUCUCACUUCCUCUCUCACACUAUCUCUCUCUUCCUCUCUCUCCCUAACUCACACUCUCUCCCUCUCCCUCGCAAUCCCUCUCUCACACUUUUCCUCUCCCUCUCUUCCUCUCACACUCUCUCUCUUUCCCAAUCCCUCUCUAUCCCUCUCUCUUCCUUUCACACACUCUCUCCCUCUAUUUCCCUCACUCAUACUCUCUCCCCCUCCCCCUUCCAAUCCCUCUCUCACACGGUCUCUCCCUCUCUCUUACUUUCACACUCUAUCUCCCUCACUCACACUCUCUUUCACCUCUCUCCCUCCCAAUCCCUCUCUCUCCCUCUCUCUUCCUCUCACUCACACACUUCCCCCUCUCCCUCUUUCCCUCCCAAUCCCUCUCUCACAUGGUCUCUCCCUCCCUCUCACUUUCUCUCUCCCUCUCUCUAA